AUGAACAAAGCUUUAACCGUAACAGCUGUGGUUGCUACAGCAUUUGCAGGAUACGCCAUAUACUUCGAUUACCAACGUAGGAAUUCAAAGGAAUUUAGAAAAUCAUUAAAGAAGAAAGCUGUCAAACAACAAAAGAUUAAAGAAAAAGUUGAAAAGGAAACUAAGGAACUCAAGUUAGAGACUGUGAAGAAUGCUCUUUUGGAUGACUUAAGAGCCAAUCCAAUUCCAACCGAUUUAAAUGAAAGAGAAGCUUUUUUUAUGGAACAAGUGGCAACAGGUGAACAAAAAGCCAAGGAUAACUCUAUAGAUGCUGCCAUCUGUUUCUAUAAAGCAUUGGCUGUAUACCCUAAUCCAACCGACAUCUUGGGAGUUUAUCAAAAGACUGUACCAGAGGAUGUUUAUGAGUUGGUUGUUAUGAUGAUUGCUGUAUACCCACCAGCUUCGGUAUCAAGUAUCUUGAGCAAAGGAGGUGCUGCACCAGGUGAAACUAAGCCUUCUGAAGAGGAUUUAGAUUAA